AUGGAGCAAAAGGAGUUUAAACCUAUGGUAGAGGAUAUGUGGAGGCAUAAGAUGGGAGGUGACCCUAUGGAUAGUAUAUGGCAGAAAUUACAGCAUUUGAAAAAUGUAGCAAAGGAAUUGAAUAAGGAGAUGCCGAAGAUGAGAGCAAGCAGGAAUUCAAUCACUUCUGUGUACAGUGAAAGGGGAUUCAGAGUUACAGAACCAAAAGAAGUAGAAAAAGAAUUUGUCACUUUUUUUAAGCAGCUCAUGGGAACAGCUACUGGGAUCAAACCAUGUCCUAAUACCAAAAUUAUCAAAGAAGGUGUAUGCUUAUCAAUGCAGCAGCAACAAGAGUUAAUCCAGGAAGUUACUUAUGAAGAAGUUGAUGCAGUAGUGAAAGAUAUGCCAAAUGACAAAGCCCCUGGUACAAGUAAAAUGAAGCAAGUAUGGAAUUGUACAGCUAUAACAUUGAUUCCCAAAGGACCAGCUCCUACAACUGUGAAAGACUAUAGACCUAUUGCCUGCUGCACUACAGUGUACAAAGUUAUUGCAAAAGUAAUAACUAAAAGGAUUAAGAAGGUGAUUGAGAGUAUAAUUGGGAAAGCACAGAUGGUGGAUUGA